UAUUUGAUAGGAAACGUAAUUUUUUUUCAGCUGUUUGGUGCUGAAAGACAUCCCAUUAAUUUGCCAUGUGGUCAUACAGUUUGCCACAAAUGUCUAGCAGAUAAUCGCUCUCAAUUUUGCGUUCUUGACCAGGUGCCGGUAACAGUAAAUUUACGAAAAUUGCCUGUAAAUGCAGCAUUCCUUUCAAUUCUUGGAGUUCAAAUAUCAAAAGAGUUGUGUGAUCCGGAGCGAUUUUCUCAAACGAACGAAUGUUUUCUUAAAGCAGAAAAAAUUUUAAUCCGCUUAUCUUCCUAUUUACAUCAGGCAGAAAGCGAACGAGGUGGAAGUGUUUGGAGCAAUGAAUUAAGCCGACCUUUGCAACGCAAAUUAAUUGCUUUAUUAUGUUUUCAAUUAUUGGAAGAUGAAGGAAGGCAAAGGGCUAGAAAAGUGGCUCGAGCACUUGUUGAACGUAUUCUCACUGAACUGAUUAUUCUUCAUCAAAAUACAGCUAAUUUAUCAUCAUGUCUUUGGUCGGCAGUGCGAGCUCGUGGUUGUCAGUUUUUGGGACCAGCGAUGCAAGAAGAAGUAUUGCGGUUAAUCCUUUUAACACUGUCUGAAGGGGCGUUAAUCGCAAGAAAAACGCUCGUUAUGUACAUCGUUCAAACACUUCGUGAAGAUUAUCCACAAGUUUCGAAAACGAGUGUUGGCCAUGUGGUGCAGCUUCUUUAUCGUGCUAGUUGUUUUAAUGUAAUGAAGCGAGAAGGUGAAUCGUCAUUAAUGCAGUUAAAAACUGAGUUUCGAGAUUAUGAGUCAUUGCGACGAGAGCAUGAUACACAAAUUGUUCAAGUAGCAAUUGAAGCUGGUCUUCGUAUAUCUCCUGACCAGUGGUCAUCCUUAUUGUAUGGGGAUCAGUCACAUAGAUCUCAUAUGCAAAGUAUCAUAGACAAGUUACAAGUGCCACAAGCUUUCGAUCAAAUGUAUAGGGAAUUAAAAACAAUUUUGCAAAGAAGUGGUGAUUGUGAAACAGUAGUAUCCAUCUUCAAACAUUUUGAACACUUUAAUGAGCUUGACUCCUCGAUUUCUUCUAGUAUUUUGUUUAUUUUUUUAGAUUUUAAAAUGAGAAAGCUUCAACUAUUUAACCUUAUGGCCAGAAAUGUUAAACAUCUUACAAUCUUUGGAGCAAAUCAUCGAGACACAUAUUUACAGAAUAAAAAGCACUCUAAAAAGCACGUCCAUCGACGAUUUUUUUCUUUUACAGGAAAAUUAAUAUUUGUUAAAAGAUGUGAAGGUCAAUUAUUUAGAGAUACAGAAGCUGGACGAUCUUGCCCUCGAGGUAUCCAUUGCACAUAUGCCCAUUCUCAGAGUGAACUCCGUCAAAGUAUACAUCGUCGUUUUCGAGGAAACAGUCGCUUUACUGAUUUGAAGAAUAUGCAGUAUCUAAAACCAAAUUUUUCGUACGGCAGUUCUCUUGCGAUUUCUAAAUCAACAGUACCAGUAUUACCGAUUUCGAUUGAUUCGGGAGCCGUUGUUGGAUCCAAUCAACGAGUUGGAUCAGAUCUUAGUGGAUUAAUGCACCUUCCUGUGAUGCCCAUUAUGCUUCAGAGCAAUCAGUCGAUGAAACAAUAUUCAUCAUUGACAAAUCAAUUGACGACUUUCGGUACUCUAAACGGAACAGAUCAAUCGAUAUCUCUUGCUACAGUAUGGCCAACCACAGUUUCUAACGUAUCAAAUAAUAUAAAUGGUAAUAUUGGUACCACUGAUUUGUCUGCCAUAGUUCAGUUCCCUGUGGCAACGUCUACAACGACUGGGUCUUCCCCAUCUACAUUUUCUCAAAUUCCUAUUCCAUUACUAAAUCCGCCAUCGGUUAUCGUUGAUCCGAAUGUUUUUCAUUGGAUUCCUCCCUGCCUAAAUACACAAUUUUAUUCAGAACUUUGCGAUAUUCAUUGCAGCUUUCCUAUUGAAAAUUUUGAAGUAUACAAUAAUGAGCACACAAGCUUCACUGAUGAUCCAAAUCAUAACAGUUUGCAUAAUCUGAUUGUAAGCGAUUCAGCUAAAAGUGCCAAAAAUUCUUGUAUUGAAAAUGAAGAACUUCUGAUCAUGCGAAGAAAAGAAAUUGUUUCACGUCUUACAGCUAUGAACUCAAAUAUAGGAGAAGAAGUUGAUGAUGAUGACAUUCGUAGUCAUGUGUCGUACACUGUUGCGAAUUCAGUGUUAUUCGACGAUAAGGAAGUCAUUUCUACAGGAUUUUUGCAAUUACCACCAUUGCCACUGCCUUAUAGUGCUGCAUCUCCUACGCAAGUUUUGACGCAUUUGGGAGAUGUGGCAGCAAUAACAACCAAUGUCCUUUCUCUAUGCCCAUCAAGCACUUGUAUAAACGGAACGAAACCGGCUACUGUACAAGCUACUUGUGCUGUAAUGCAAGUAAAAGACAUUAUCAGUCAGCCUUUACCAAGUCCAGCUAUUCAGUUUCCACGUUCGCAAACAAAAACUAUGGAGAAAAUUGAUUCAUCUUCUAUAAACAAUCAAAUUUCGUCUGUAAUCCGAUCUUUUCCAUUAACACCUUGCGAUCCACAGAACGUUGUAAGUGCUACUUUAGAUCGUAUUGUCGAUGUGCGCGAAAGAUUGAAUGAUAUAAAUAAAAGUGGUGGGCUAGGCUGCGCUGUAGAAAAACAGCUUAAAGUAGAAUUAAAUAUCGUUAGCCGACAAAUUCAGUCUCUGGAUCACAAAACGAAGCAUUCAUGCUUACUUCGAGAACUUCAAGAAGUCGAAAAAAAAAUCGAAUACCUCAAUAGUCAUUGUUGA